UUUGUAACAGCCUCCUGUGAUGAGAUCAGAGUUUGGAGAAAAGCUGGGCAAAUACUCUAGCAGUCUGAAAUUGCAGAUAGCUCUUCCAAAUCUGGGGGCAAACUGGACUUUCUUCACUAUAGUUGUAGUCUUUUUGUGAUCUCUGAGAUUUAGCUCUGUGCUGAAGAAAAAACUCUAGGAAGGAUCUCCUGCAGUAUACUGUAUGUCAAAUGUUGCUGCUGCUGCAAAUACAGCUUUUUCUGCUUCAGUUUCUGUCUCAAAUUCCCUGUGCCAGUACACUGAUGAAAUGUCCAUUUAAGGUGAUCAUAGAAGAAAAGGAGUGGUUCCAUUACUACAAGCCAGGAGACUACUGGAUUACGGGAAUAAUGUCUGGAAUCUUAGCUCGAUUGUAUCAAUUUUCAUUCUCCAAGCCUCCAACCCACCAACUGAAAAGUGAGAAUACCUUCUACAACAUUCUGCCCUUCUUGUUAGCUGUUCACGAAGUCAACCAGAAUUCAAGGCUCUUACCCAACAUCACCCUGGGCUACAACAUCUAUGAGAACUUUUUCAGUGCAAGAAUGACAUAUGAGGCCAUGCUGGAUGUGCUGUCUACAGGACAGGAGAACAUCCCAAACUACAGAUGUGGAAGACAAAAGAACCUGCUGGCGAUUCUUGAAGAGAUGGAUUCUGAACUCUUUGAUCACAUUUCCAAUGUCUUGAGCAUCUAUAAAUUUCCUCAGAUCAACUAUAGUGUCAUCAACCAGAUGGCUGAGCAAAAUUAUCAUUUUCCUUUUUCAUAUCGGAUGACCCCAAACCAAGAACCUCCUUACUCAGCUAUUGUCCAGCUGCUCCUGCAGUUCCAAUGGACGUGGAUCGGCCUCCUUUCUCGGGAUAAUGAAAGAGGAGAAAAAUUCAAAAGACAUGCAGCCCAUUGUGAAAAGUGUCCAGAUGACCAGUAUUCCAAUAAGAAGCGAGAUCAGUGUGUCCCCAAAAAUAUAAGCUUCUUAUCCUACCAAGAAUUGUUGGGACUCAUCCUGGCUUUCUUUGCCAUCGCUUUGUCCCUAAUCACCACCUUUAUUCUGGGAAUCUUCAUGAAAUACCGAGACACUCCCAUAGUCAAAGCCAACAACUGUGAACUCACCUACAUCCUCCUGGUUUCACUCCUGCUUUCUUUCUUGACCUCCCUUCUAUUCAUCGGUCGCCCCGUGAAAAUGACCUGUCUCCUUCGACAAACCAUUUUCAGUAUUGUUUUCUCAGUUGCUGUGUCUUCCUUGCUGGCCAAGACUGUCACGGUGGUGGUGGCCUUUCUGGCCACAAAGCCAGGCAGCAGCAUGAGGAAAUGGCUGGGGAAGAGUCUGGCCAACUCUAUUGUUUUAUCCUGCUCUGGUAUUCAAGUAGGCCUCUGUAUGAUGUGGCUGGGAGUCUUUCCCCCAUUCCCAGAUUCUGACUUUCAUUCCCAACCAGAACACAUCCUGCUGCAGUGCAAUGAAGGCUCUGUCACCAUGUUCUACUCUGCUCUUGGCUACAUGGGUUUUUUGGCUGCCGUCUGUUUCUUGGUGGCAUUUCUGGCUCGAAAUCUGCCAGGGGCUUUUAAUGAAGCCAAACUGAUCACCUUCAGCAUGUUGGUUUUUUGUAGCGUUUGGAUCUCCUUUGUUCCCACUUAUCUGAGCACCAAGGGGAAAUACAUGGUAGCUGUGCAGAUCUUCUCCAUCCUGGCCUCUGGCCUAGGUUUACUGGGCUGCAUCUUUAUCCCCAAAUGCUACAUUAUUAUCCUGAGACCCGCCAUGAACACCAAAGAAUAUCUGAUGAUAAAAAAUCAUUAAGUU